AUGGCAGCCAGGAAACUACAAACUGAGAUUGACCGCACCUUGAAGAAGGUCGCGGAGGGCGUCGAGCUCUUCGAGAGCAUCUACGACAAGAUGCAGGCGUCCACAAACCAGACGCAGAAAGAGAAGCUGGAAACUGAUCUCAAGACGCAGAUCAAGAAACUUCAGCGGUUGCGGGACCAAAUAAAGACGUGGGUCGCGAGCAAUGACAUUAAGGACAAGAGCGCUCUACUCGAGAACCGGAGACUCAUUGAGACGCAAAUGGAGAAGUUCAAAGCAUGCGAAAAGGAGAUGAAGACAAAGGCAUUCUCGAAGGAGGGCCUCAUUCAGUCCGCGAAGCUCGACCCGAAGGCACAGGAGAAGCUCGAAGUAACAACAUGGCUGCGCGAGCGCGUCGAGGAGCUGCUUCAGCAGGUUGAGCAGGCAGAAGCAGAGAUUGAGACCCUGCAGGGAGGCGGAAAGAAGAAGAAAGCUGGAACGACAGCAUCGGAGCGACUAGAGACGCUUGAGCGUCUGAACGAGCGCCGGAAGUGGCACAUUAGUCGACUGGAGAUCAUCUUGCGUCUGCUGGAGAAUAGCACAUUAUCAACAGAGAGGGUGCAAGAUCUCAGAGAUGACAUCCAAUACUUCGUGGAGAGCAAUGCGGAGGAUGAUUUCGAUGAGGACGAGGGCAUCUAUGAUGAACUCAACCUUGAUGAGGAGGAAGAGAAGUUUGGCCUGGCAAAUGUAAACGAUGAGGAUAGUGAUGAGUCGGAAGACGCAAGUGAAGAUCUUCUUCCAAGAACGCCGUCCUCUAAGAAACACGACGAAGAGCCUCCAUCGAUCAGUAGUAAACGUGAUGGAAGUCCUGUGCUGAAGAGACCUAGUGUCUCCCUCCAAACACGCACACCAAAGCCACCGCCAAAUCCAAACUUUGCGCAACAACCUAUGGCGAGCAUACUGAAGGCCGGUCUGCCCCCACAACCAAGACCAAGUCUAAAGUACGCUGCAGCGGCAGCGGCAGCAGUCGCUUCCCCAUCAUCAGCGCAACAAUCGGCAGCACAUCCACCACCGACACCUUCGGCAGCAUCAAGUCAGCCUGCGGCGCCUACAGCGCCAUCAAUAUCCACUGCGUCGGCAACACCGUCAUUGGCGCCGGACCAGACGUCAGCAGUUACGUCGUCGCCGAGCUUGACGCAUCCUUCUGUGACAAGCCCAAUGCUCUCCUCAGCAUCGGUAUCAGCACAGCAGGCUGAUGGAUACUCUGUUCGUGACUCACCGGCAUUGUCGGAAGCGGUACCUAGUUCCCUCAGCGGGCCUGCGGCGACAUCGUCGCCACAACGAUUGUCUCGGAAAGGUGCGUGUUACUCAUGUUCGAUCCGAGCACCGCGUGAACCCUCUUCACAGCAACCGGCCCCGACAGAAGCUCAAUUGCCUCCACAAGCCAAUGGAACAACACAACAGCCACAACCCGCUGCUCGACAGCUACCAGCGCCAUCGGGUCAGUCGCCAGUACCACAGCAAGCGCAGCCCUCCCUUUCCCCAUCUACGAAUGUCCAGCCAGCAGAUGCAUCGCCUAUGCCUUCCGCUUCACAACAGCAGCCCCAGCAGCAGAUGCCACAAUAUCCUCCAGGCGUUAGGGUGCCUGCGGCGAACCCGUCAGCGGACCAGGAACACGCGCUCCCGCAGGGAGUUGCGGCACAACAACAGGGCGUGAGCGUGCAGAGGCCUGCGUCGACUGCACCAUCACAGAUGCCGCCGCAAUUGCAGCCACAGCAGCCUAGGCCUAUUCCGAACUCCCUAUCGGACCUUGUAGUGUCUUUCGAAAACGUCAAGCAGAAAGCCACACACCGCAUGUCCAACCUCGACCAGGUGCACAAGUUGCUGCAAGGUAGCUACUCCAGCAUGCCGCAACCUCAGGAUACGGAGAAGCCGAAGUACUACGUGCCACGGAAUCCCAUCCAGACACCGUCGUACUAUCCCCAGACGCCGAAUCCUAUCCUGAACACCGCGGGUAUCUUCUCGCAGCUGGACGUAGAGACUCUGUUCUAUGUGUUCUAUUACCUUCCAGGCACAUACCAACAGUAUCUCGCAGCCAAAGAGCUCAAGAGGCAAUCAUGGCGAUUCCACGUGAAGUACUUGACAUGGUUCCAGCGACACUCCGAGCCGCAAGCGAUUACGGAGGAGUAUGAGCAAGGUGUCUACGUCUACUUCGACUGGGAAGGCUCAUGGUGUCAGCGCAAGAAGAGCGACUUCCGUUUUGAGUACCGAUAUUUGUCUGAGGACUGA